CCUCGGGCUCGGGCACCCAGGUGUUUAUCACGAACGCCAACGAUGCCUACUUAUCUAUGCACAAAUCCCAGGAACAUUUCAAGGUCUAUCACACUAAUGCCCAAGAUUGUCCAUUCCAAACUGCCCAACGAAACAUGGGAUACGAUUAUUGAUUUUCUGCAUUCGGACCAUCCGUCGCUUGCGGUCUGCAGUCUUGUUUGCAGGCCAUGGCUCCCCACGAGUCGAUAUCACCUGUUCAACAGAAUAGUGUUUCGAUCUCAACAUAGCCAGCAGAAAUUCUUGAGAUCGACGACUGGCAUGACAAUGCAGGAUUGCAGGUUCGGGGGGUACACCCGCCGCCUCGAGCUGUAUGGAAACUGCGCCAAAAGUCCCUGGGUCCCAGAUAGAACAACGUUGUUCUAUUGGGAUUUGUGCGAGGGCAUUGUCUCGCGACUCCCCCUCUUCUCCGCAGUCACUUCCCUCCACCUAAGCGGCAUCAAUUGGGAUCAGAUGCGCGAUAUCGUCGUUCCUUCUGUGAUGUCUAUAUUCGCGAGCAUCACCGAAUUGGAUUUGACUGAUAUGCUCUGGGGGGACCCCGUCUGUCUCAUCCAGUUUGUGGCGGCGUUCCCCAUGCUAGAACAGCUUCGCAUAUGUGCUGGUGGAUUGACGACGGAUGAGCCCCUUGAGAGGGUAGCCUGCUAUAAGCUGGGAACGCGCCUUCGUCGUUUGGUUCUUAGAGCUAUUCUCAUUGAAAAUCGCGUGGCGAAUUUCGGCUAUCUUUUCAUGUGGUUGUCAAUGCAGCAUCCUCCACUUGACUAUCUCGAAAUUGACAUGACCUUUCACUCCCCCCUGUUGCUCUCUAGCGGUCUUCCAACCGAUGGAGCGGGGUUCAUUCGCAACCUUCGCGAUGUCCGCCAUUUUGUAGUGGCACCACCACAAAUGGAGAGGUUGAUCACUCCUGCACAACAAGUCUUGGAUCUCUCACAUUGGGCUAAUUUGCGCGUAUUGCAUUACCGACAGUACCCCUCAGAUGUGCUUUAUCCGUGGCAGCAUCAUUUGCAGCGGUCUGUGUACAAUAUAACGCAGUUACAGGAGCUGAAGAUACAAUUGUCUUUUGGAUUGUACGAUUCGACACCUCUCAUUGGUGUCUUCCACUGGGAAGAGCUAGAUAACGUUUUGUCAAAUCUGCCAAAUCUAGUCGUGGUGCAAUUCGCUUUGAAGGGAAUAGAGUCAGAAACUGCAGACUUGAAGGGUGAAAAACGGCUCCUUAGUUAUAAGCUCCCUCGAUGCGCUUCUCGAGGUCUCUUGUCCGUAACAGAGGUAGUCGAUGAUUAUGUUUGAAGUAACAGACCGCUUGUCGAAUACAUUGGACCUAAUAUUCCAUUGUAUCACUGAAAGCUACUUGUUCAGAGAUAGCUUAGAUAGACCGUUAAUCAUGAAAGCUAAUACACGAGCGACCAAUUCUUUAGGCAGGGCACUCUUCUGAUAGGAGAUCAGUUGUUUGUGUUCUCAGAGUACCUGGGUGUACGAAUUCAAGCGUAUCAUUCCACGUCGGAGUGGCGCUCUCCCCG